GCUGGAGUGGGUGGCUGGAUCAGUCUCAACACUCAAUGCGUCUUACAACUGAUAAAGUCAGGACAUCCAAUGGAUCCGGAGUUGAGAUUGGAUAGAGACAUGGCGAGCUUUAUUCCUGAUUUCUUUCUGACAUACUUCCUUUACUUAUUUUUCCAUGUCUAUUCGUGCUCAUCUUGAAGCUGUUAUACGACUUUCACCUUGCCAGUUUCUUCCGUUGUCAAUGAUACGGAGUGUUCGUUUCCUGUUGACAGCGAUUUGGUUUAUGCAUUGGCAAUGGAUGGUUCGACAGAUCAUAUGUAUGGAGGUAAAUUCCUUGCAGGUGGCCCCACAGCUUUCUACGGUCGAGUCCAUACACAUCUGUAUCACUUCCGAAAUCAUAUUACAUCCAUGUUUGUUGGCUUUGUUCCCGUAUUCGAGAAGUUGGGAAAGUUUUCGGAUGUUGUCCUUGCAUUAUAUUGUCAUUCAUUUCGUAUUGGUGUUCAAUGGCUUGUGUUGCUGUAUUGUUGUCUUUAUUCAUGGAACUGGCUUUUGUUUUCCUUGUAUACAUAGCUUUUCGUCCAAUGAUGGCUGCUUGUCAGGUACUUUUGUCUGCAGAAGUGUGAUUGCCGGAUCUACUUCCCGGCCUUCCUGAUAUUACUUUGUGCUACCACUCGAUCCAAUCGACAACCUGGAAAGACGCG